AUGCCGGGUAGAGGUUCAAGCCCGCCUCUGUGGCGGAAAGGCGUGGGACGCGCCUUCUUCGCUUGCUUUGCCAUCCUGGCUUUCCAGGCAGUGGAGCCCUUAGUUGAUGCGCUUGAAGACAUAGGUGCAACGAAUCCUCAUCCCCUUCAACGGAAUGUUUCUCAUGAUUUCCUAUCCGCACCGCAGCCAACAGCUGCCCAGUGGAGCCGCGCUUCAGCUGCGACUUCCUCUGAGCCUCGUCAAGGCAGACAAGGCAGAGAUGGUUCAACAGAGGAUAUGAAUGCGGGAAGCAGUCAGCUGCAACCUGUUGAUGGGGAAUACGAGAAGACCUCAACAGAGGAUGUGGACGUUGUUUGUUUUUCGCGGGACCUCUCGGGAAUCUUGGACCAGACCACGGGGGAGGUGAGCUAUCCCCUAAGCAGUUUCACAUCGAUAACCACUACGUAG